CAUUUAUGAAAUUUACAGAAAGCAGGUCCCACGAACUCACUAUCAGAUCGGCAGUUCGACACCAUCGAUAUUGUAAUUUCAAUCAGCUCCUUCAUUAUUCAGUGGAAGCACUGGAUCUGUGACCUGUGACAUCCGAAUACAGUGGAAGAUAAAUCUCCAAGCGAAGCAUAAGGUGAUGAGAAUCACUUUUGAUCACUUUCAGCAACUGUAAACUAGAAGAACUUUUGAAAUAGAAUAUUAUCCAAAGAUGAUGGGUGACAUGCAAAAUAAUGAAGAGAUACUCAAAUCGUUUGAGAAUGAUGUAGCCUCUGCCUCUAUGACUCAAACUGCUGAAAAACAACUCAGUGCGAUCAAUGUACCUGAUAUUGUUGGAGUUGAAUCUCUCGAGCAACCGGGUACUAAAGAGGGUGAAAUGAAAAUAGUUCGUGGUACGAGUAGUAAUGAGAUAAUUGGUUACUGCUGGUCCACAGAGCGUGGUGAAUGGUAUAAAUUUAUAACUGCUGUUGCUCAUGGUGGCAGUUUUGAAGCGAUGCAAGACCAACAGUACAAUUACAAGUACUGGGCUGAUUUCCUGCGAAAGGCCAAGAUUAGCAGUGAUUGUGUUGAUUCCUACGCUACACGGCUGUCGGAUAGUGGUAUGACACUAGGUAUGUUGACCAGUUUUAAGGAAUUUGGUUGCGAUUUGGAGAAAUUUGGAAUAAGCAUCCAGGGCCAUGUCAUACGGAUUAUACGCUAUGCCAAGAUGGUUACACAGGCGAGUGAGGGACCUUCCAAAACAACAGCUUCACGAAAUGUAACUGAUUCUCAAAUUGAACACCAUGAUCUGACCCAAGGCGACAGUGAUUUACAAUCAAUCCUUUCAUCCAUACAAGGUUCUCAAAAAGAAUUGCAGACAGAACUUCGCAAUUUCCUGAAAACUGUUAGAAAGGUCAAAACUUGUUAUAUCGGAGGGGAGGGGGUACGACUUUGAAAUUCAAUAAAAAUUAGGAAGUUAUGUUUUGUUUUAUUUAUUCCUCGUUGGAAAGAAACAAAAAUGAGUGAAUGCAACUGCAGAUAGGUAGAUGUAUUUGGCCUAAAUAUAAAUGUGGGAUUAUUUCUGAUACCUAUUUAAACUAAAAUAUCUACAAAGUUCGAUUGUUUUUCGUUGAAAACUGCUACAAUGAUAAUCAAAGUACAAUUAAAACUAUAAUUAACCAACCUAUAUUGACGAUUAUUUAAUAAAAUAAACGUAGUGUUCUAUUCAAUUAUUUUAUGGGUAAAUUUUCAUACAAAAAUAAUGACGACAGAUUACUCAUCGUCUUCACCUCCGCACUUACAAUGGCAUUUGUAGUUAUGGCCAAAAAGAAUGGGCGUCGGUGUACCAUUCGUAACAUUUGCAGGCAGGCUUAGAGUCGAUUU